GGUGUGGUGUAGGGCUGACCAGUGACCUGUGACCUGUGACAAAUGAUAUUGGUUUUGGCCAUGGAGAAAAAGGCAAUGCAAGAAACAAGGGAAAAAAGUGAAAGUUAGGUUGCCAAGGACCCAAGGUAAUUAUAGGCUUAGAAAGCAAACUUGCCUGCCUGCCAGUCCAGCACUGCCCCUGACCUCUCCCUUUCUCUCUCUUCUCUCUCUCUCUCUCCCCCCUUGGCUACACAUAGAUCUUUGCUUGGCUCAAGCAAAAGACUACUCAAGAAACAAGAAUAAAGAACAAAACUCAUUUGCUAGCUAGAAUGCCCAUAAGUGGCUUUUCUUUUCCCUGCUUUCCUCUCUCUUCACCAUCAAUGUGUGACCUUGGUGUGGUGGGUUAUAAUUGAGUGAACAAGGAAAAGGGUUCUCAGCCCAUUGAUCAUCCUCCAUCUGCACAUCCCACUUUCAUUUGUGGGUUUUUUCUAACUUUUCAAGAGGCUACCUUUCUUGUUUUCUGAUGAUGGAAACUGGUUAGAGUGAUGGGAAAUGAGCAUGCAAGAUUUGUUUGGUUGCUUCUGCAGUGAGGCAUUGAUCUCAAAUUCUGCCCUGAGAAUGGGGGAAACUGGGUUUAAGCUUGGAGUUAGGAAGUGAAACAGAGCUCAUUCUUCUUUCCUUUGCCUAUAUUUUUCUUGAAAAUAGUUUCUCGAUUGUAACUUCAUAUCAGCAAAAUGAGAAAGCAUGGAUGGCAGCUUCCUUACCAUCCACUCCAGGUGGUAGCUGUUGCUGUAUUUCUGGCAUUGGGGUUUGCUUUCUAUGUUUUCUUUGCUCCUUUUGUGGGAAAGCAAUUGUUCCAGUACAUAGUGAUGGGGAUUUACACUCCUCUUCUAAUAUGUGCCUUCGGUCUAUACAUUUGGUGUGCUGGUGCUGAUCCUGCUGAUCCCGGAGUCUUUAGAUCAAAAAAGUAUCUUAAUAUUCUGGACCACAAAAAGCAUGCCAAAUUUAGGGAGUCUAAACAUGGUGGAGAGUCAACUUCGUCAAUUCAAGAUGCCAAUGCUGCAGCCAUUGGUGAGGAAGCUAAUGCUAAAGGAAAGAUAGUUGUAGAGUCAGCAGCUGGUUGUAACACUGAACAUGAAAAGAAGAAUUCCUCGUCUCAGAAGAGCACCUGCUUCAUAGGCAUGUUGGCACUAUUGCCUUGUGCUUACAUUUGCAACUCACAUGAAGAGUCAUCUGAUCAACAGAGUGAAGAUGGGAUGUUCUACUGUAGUUUGUGUGAAGUAGAGGUUUUCAAGUACAGCAAGCAUUGUAGAGUUUGUGACAAGUGUGUUGACCGCUUCGAUCAUCAUUGCAGGUGGCUUAACAAUUGCAUAGGCAAAAGGAACUACAGAAAGUUUUUCACUCUGAUGGUGUCUGCCCUUCUCCUGCUUAUACUUCAAUGGUCAACUGGAAUCCUUGUACUUGUCCUCUGUUUUAUUGAGAAGAAGCGAUUUGCUACUGACAUCAGCUCCAAGUUAGGAAGCAGCUUUACCGUAGUUCCCUUUGUAAUUGUUGUGGCAGUCUGCACCAUAUUGGCCAUGAUUGCAACCUUGCCGCUUGCUCAGCUCUUCUUCUUUCACAUUCUUCUGAUCAAGAAGGGAAUAAGCACAUAUGAUUACAUUAUAGCUCUAAGGGAGCAAGAGCAACAAGGUGCUGGAGGUCAGCAAAGUCCCCAGAUGUCUCCUGCUAGCUCUCUUACUGGAUUAAGCAGUGCAAGCUCCUUCAACACCUUCCAUCGAGCAGCAUGGUGCACGCCACCACGGCUGUUUGUUGAAGAUCAGUUUGAUGUAGUACCUGCCGACAAUGGAUCUGUGAGUUCACUUGGUAAAAGGACAAUGGUCGAGGAACAAAUGAAGAAAAAGAAUCCUGCAGCUGUAAAGAUCAGCCCGUGGACGUUGGCACGUUUGAAUGCAGAAGAUGUGUCAAAGGCUGCUGCAGAGGCAAGGAAGAAGUCCAAGAUUCUGCGGCCUGUGGUAAGGCGUGAAACGAAUUAUGCCCACGAAACAGACAGCAGUUUCGGCAGCAGUGGCCGGCGGAUGGCCAUGAGGCCCGACAACAAUAGAAAGCGAGGGAGCAGGCGAAUUCGCCUCCCGGCAGAGAUGCCUCUUGAACCUCUAUCAAAGCUUCCAGCAUCAGACGUCCAAAACAGUAGAAAUCAUCUUAUGAUCACCGAGACAUCAACCAGCUUCGCCCCUCUACAGCUUGAAGGCCGGAGUGAUUUCAGGGCAAGCAGAGCUAUCCCGGGCUCAGUUGGUAUUGUUGCUUCUUCGCCCGAGAGUAGCUUCGAUUCUCCCGAUCUUCAUCCUUUUCGGGUCUCCUCAUCAGGAGCUGAAGAGGCAAGGAGACUAGUUGGCCUAUCUUCUGCUGCUAUGGCUACUCAAAAAGACAUUCCUUUGUCAAGAUCCACUAGUGAUGGAUACGAUGCAUCUGGCGGUGAAGACAGUGAUCGUGUACCUACAAGAAUUCAACAUAGAUCAAAUAACUGGAGUAGCCUACUAUUCGGGUCUGAACCAGACAGAAACAUGUCAAAAUUCAUGCCACCGUCUUCAUCGACAUUGUCAAACCAUAGGAAGCUUUAAUGAAGUAAGAAAAUGCAGAUUCUUGAGAUUUUUUGAUUUGUUGACCGAAGCUAAGACACAGUUCCCCGCCUACUAUUGCUAUCUUUACAAGGUGGUUACAAA